GAUCUGCUACCAAGUGAAGAACCAAACUGAGCGGUGUUCUCCCUUCUCUGCAGCAGCAUCACCAGGAAGCGAGGCAGGAGUGGAGCGCUGGCGGCUGGGGCCAUGUUUCCUUGCACCAGGAAGUGAGGAGCCUGACUCCAGCCCCGCAGCUAUGGCAGCUGAUGAGAGGGACUACAACCUGACCGAGGAGCAGAAGGCGAUCAAAGCCAAAUACCCACCACUCAACAAGAAGUAUGAAUACCUGGAUCACACAGCAGAUGUGCAGCUACAUGCCUGGGGAGACACUUUGGAAGAGGCCUUCGAGCAGUGUGUUAUGGCCAUGUUUGGCUACAUGACUGAUACAGAGACCGUGGAACCUGUGGAUACAGUGGAGGUGGAGGCAGAAGGCCAUGACAUGUUGUCUCUUCUUUUCCACUUCUUGGAUGAGUGGCUGUAUAAAUUCAGCGCUAAUGAGUUUUUUAUACCCAGGGAGGUGAAAGUGCUUUACAUUGACCGAAUGCAAUUCAAAAUAAGAUCAAUUGGGUGGGGAGAAGAGUUCUCUUUACCCAAACACCCUCAGGGCACAGAGGUCAAAGCCAUAACUUACUCGGCCAUGCAGAUCUGUGAAGAUGAAAAGCCAGAAGUCUUUGUCAUCAUUGAUAUUUAAAGCAAGAAAAGCGUGGUCCAGUGAAUACCUGUCACUGGCUGGCAAAAGCCUCUUAAACUCUAAUGCUGUGGAAGUAACAAAGGAAUUAGCCAACUAAAGCCACAAACUGAAGGGAGUAAUUGCGGGAAUGUCAGCCUGUGUUUUGACUUGAGGAUGGUGAGACAGAGAAAUAACCUGCAUGCCAAGAAAAAUAAGAACUAGGCAGGGUUUGGGGGAAUGUUGAGAAGAAGAGAGAGAACUGUAGGGUUUGAGAGCCUCUCAGGAAUGCCUGGUAGUCAGCUUUUAAAGCUGAUGCAUGUCUUAUGUGCUGUAUACACCAAAUAGAGAAAUCAGUGGAGCUGCUAGCUAAAAUACUGCCUUUUUGUAUGGUGGCAGGAGAUCUGUUCAACUACAUGAUUUCAUUUGUAGAUUUAAAUGCUUGAAUUCUGAGGUGCGAUCCCUCCUCCAUAUUUUAUACAAAGGGUCCAAACCCCUUGCAGUGGGUCGAAUUUAAUGUAGACAAAUUUCGGACAAUUCAAAGGACAGUUAAACCAUACUGAUGGGAAACCAACCCCCCCACCUCUACCUUCAAACAAAGUCGUGCCAGCAGGUGGUGCUGAAUUGCUGUAAAUAAAUCCCCACAAGCAAUGCUAAAGCAUGUGACCAUGUACAUAGAA